CACUCACUUGCUGUACGUACAGCUGCACGUGCUGGAAUGGCUAGUAUUCGCAGCAUACUUUACCACUAAACGUAUCGCUAACCACGGUGUAAAACUGAAUUUCCCUCCGUAGUAGCCGCCGUAGCAGUGCCGAGCCUGUGUGCAAGCAGCCAUCCCCGAGCGUGCCAGAUUUCGGAAUCGAUAACGUUAAAAUACGUUUAGCUUGAGAAGCAUUUGCCAUUCUGGUCGCAACGGUUCCAGCAUGGCCACAGAUCUUUACCGGUGUAGCUUUACGUGGCCGCGUUUGGAGGGCAGCAUAGAAAAGCAAAUAACGCCACAAGUGGCCACAUCGAGCGAUCCGGAUUUCAUACCGCUGGGAGACCUUCUCGACUUGGACAUGUGCCUGAUUUUGACCGGAACGGACGAACAAGAGGCCUGCGAAAUGCGUCUAACCAUCGCCCCACUGUACCUGCCCCGGGCCGUUUCGCUGGUGGUGGAAUGCCCGGUCAUCGAAUGUUACUACGGUCGGUUGAACGAGUAUCACGGCACCUAUCACGGUGAGCUGGUGUACACGCUGGGGGACGUGAAAGUGUUCCGGUUCGACAUACGCAUCGCCACGGACAUUGAUGAGCUGCAGCUGAAAUUCAUCUCGAACAAAAGUGACCCUCUCUGUCUGUACGGUACGCGGCUGUAUCUGACGCGCAAUACAGACCCGCUGCGUACGAUGAUGGCAAUGAUGGGCGGAAGGAAAAUUGAUCCAGUCGCUGUGCAGCACCGUCUGCAAGCGACCGACCUGUCGGAGAAGGCGGAAAAGUGCAAACGUAUGAUACUAGGCUCGAUGCUUUCGUCGGAACAAAACAUUGUGAAUAAUAAUACCGUGCCGGAAGCAUCGACUAAGCAGGAAACGGAUGCACCACCACCACCACCAUUACCACCGUCGGAUAGGACGGAUAGCAGUUUGCCGAAGCUUUUCAGCAGGAUGGAGCUAGAACCGGGCAUCGUCCCGAACCUCAACACUUCGCUAAUGGAAAUGGCCAUGAAGCAGUAUAUAGAUGCAAAAUUUAUCCAAUUACAACAGCUGCUGGAUAAUCGGUUAACCGCCCUGGAAGCACGACAAAACACAAAGCUAGAUCGCAUACUGACACUGUUGCAGGGAAGAGAAAAUGAAUCGACCGCUGGCGUACAAUGAAUGUGUCGCGCCAGCCAUGCGGAACAGACACCGAGAUAGCAUAUGUAAGCUAUAUAUUUAUUAAGUUUUGAGAAAUUAUGUGUAAAUAACAUUCAGUUCCACGGUGCAGAAAAUAAUAGAUACCGGAAUGAGGUAAAACCCUCAUCAACUAAUGUGUGGUUUGUACAUGCUGCACCGAGUGCGCCCUUCUCUUCGCAGUCGGUGGGGGGACGCGCGAUGGUUUAUCGGUAAUAAAUACGGCAACGAGUCGCAUUCACUCCU